CUUCGAUGUCAUCGAGGCCUUUUCCACCUAUAGCGGUGUAGCUUGCUGGGCCUUUGCACUGCGUCCAAGUAUUCCUUGCGGGAUUCUGAGGAAAUUGGUCAGCCAAGUGUGUGCGAUAAUCAGGACAACACCCCUGUUCCGGUCACCUUGGUUCAUCUCAGGCUUUGAAGAACUGAAGUUAAUUCGAGGUCUCCAUGUGUAUCAUCUUCUUCCACUUCAAUCCAAACUCAUCUUUUGCGUACAGGUUAGUCCUGGCAGCAAACAGAGAUGAAUUUUAUUCCAGACCAUCAAAGCCAGCAGAGUUCUGGACAAACAACCACAACAUCUUAAGCGGGCUGGAUAUGGAAAAAGGGAAAGAAGGAGGAACAUGGUUGGGUAUAAGCAAGAAAGGCAAAUGUGCCGCACUGACCAAUUAUCUUCAACCCCCUAGCAACAUGGAGGGACUUGGCAGAGGUACUUAUGGGCUUUGCAACAGUCUUCUUGAGACCCCAUGGAAGAAACUUGUUCACGGGAAAAAGCUUUUCACAGAAACCAUUCAGAAAAGCCGUUCACUUUCUCCAAAGAACUUGACGCAAGAACUCCUCAAUGUGAUGAGUAAUGAAGAAAACCAAUUGCCAGCUGCUGAUAUCGAGGAACAGGGUCAGGACUACAUCCGUCCGAUUUUAAAGGAGUUCUCAGCGUUGUUCAUUCGCACUCCCUUAUAUGGCACUCGGACAAGCACCGUCAUCCUUGUCGACGCUGAAGGGCAUGUAACCUUCACAGAGCGUUGCCUGCUCAAGCCAAGCACCAGCCAAUGGAAGCUCAGCUCCCACGAGUUUGAUCUUCAGAUGUGACGACUUUCCACCCAGCACACAAUGGAAAAGAAAGGAACUGGAAAUAAAGUUGACUGGAAAUGAAAGCAUAUUUUGGAGAACAUGCAGGUUUCUUGGACACUGUAAAUAGUUGAUUGAGACAUACCACAUCCUAGCAACUACCUUGAUUUCAAAGAGGCUUUGCUACUCAGUAUUCUGUGCAAUGUCUGGUGUUUUUUUUUGUGUGAGCGUACAUUUCCACAAAUAUAUUUCAAUGUGUAUGUGGCUGUGGCUUUGUGUGAGCGUGUGUCCCUGGGUGUUUCUGAGAGUGCAGUUGUGUCUGCAUGGCUGGAUGAAUGUGUGCAUCUGGAAAACUUUUCCUCUGGCUUGGUUAAUUAUUCAAUGGAAUUGCAUUCUUAGCAAUAUACAAAGUGAUGUUUUGUUCUAUUUGAAUAAGAAUAAUCUACUGAGUAUUACUAAUGCUUGAGUAUUGAAUAUCUAUUGAGUAUUACUAAUGCUUGAGUAUUGAACAUCUGAGUAUUACUAAUGCUUGAGUAUUGAAUAUCUAUUGAGUAUUACUAAUGCUUGAGUAUUGAACAUCUGAGUAUUACUAAUGCUUGAGUAUUGAAUAUCUACUGAGUAUUACUUAUUUGUCUGUCAAAUGCAGAUUGAUCAACUGAGAAUAUUUGGAAAAUAUGUACAAUUUUCUUCCUCAUCUUGUUUUAGUUAUGAACUUUCCUCCAUCUCGUUUGGAGGGAUUCAUAAUGUUUUGAGUACAAACAGAAAAUGCUGGAACACUUAACAACACCCUGAAGCAUCAACUCUGUUUCAUUGCCUACAGAUGCUGCCUGGACCUGCAAGUUUUUGCAGCAAUUUCUCUUUUUGUCUCAGAUUUUCAGCAUUUGCACUCUUAUAGAGGCAAGAGAAUCUGCAGAUGCUGGAAAUCCAGAAUAACACACACACACAAAAUGUUGGA